UUAAGCUCAAGACCAAAGUUCCUCCUUGAUGUUAGAGAUGAAGUGCUCAUCAAUCCAAGUUUUUUUGCCUUUGAUCAUCUUUAUAUUCUCUUUGAGUCAUCUCUUCAUUGGCAAUCAAAUUGGUGUAUUGGCUCAAAAUACAACCAUUCCUUUCAAUGUUGGGGUUGUUCUUGAUUUCAAUAAAAUGGUUGGGAGAAUUGGGUUGAGCUGCAUCUCCAUGGCUUUGUAUGAUUUCUAUGAAACUCACAGUUUCUACAAAACAAGUCUGGUUCUCCACACCAGGGAUUCCAAGAACAGUGUGGUCCAUGCUUCUUCUAUGGCUCUUGAUCUACUAAAGAACAUAGAAGUACAAGCAAUUAUUGGGCCAGAAACAUCAUCUCAGGCCAACUUUAUGAUUGAUCUUGGAGACGAAGCUCAGGUGCCCAUUAUAUCUUUCUCUGCAACUAGUCCUUCUCUUUCUUCAACUCAAACUCCUUAUUUUGUCAGGGCUUCCCUCAGUGACUCCUCUCAGGUAAAAGCAAUUGCUUCCAUUGUCCAAUCCUUCGGAUGGAAGGAAGCUGUACUGAUAUAUGAGUCCACUGAUUAUGGUAAUGGAAUUGUACCUUAUUUGGUCGAUGUGUUUACAGCAAUCGAGACUCGUGUCCCUUACAAAAGUGUCCUUUCUCCUUCAGCCUCUGAUGAUCGAAUUCUUGCAGAGCUUUACAAGUUGAUGACAAUGCAAACUAGAGUAUUUGUCGUGCACAUGACAUACUCAAUCGCUGCUCGUUUAUUUCUGAAAGAAAAAACUAUUGGAAUGAUGGAUGAAGGAUAUGCCUGGAUUAUCACAGAUGGGCUAUCUAAUCAACUGAAUUCCAUGAACCUCUCGGUUGUCCAUUCUAUACAAGGUGUACUAGGUGUUGAGCCUUAUGUGCCCAUGUCUGAUAAGCUUAAGAACUUUAAGAUCAGAUGGAGAUACAAGUUCCACAAGGAAAACCCAGUUAUGGAAAGUGCUUCUCUUAACAUUUUUGGACUGUGGGCAUAUGAUACUGUCUGGUAG